AUGGGAUACCUGGUCGGAGCUGAUUGCUCACAAUCACCAGCAAUGACCAGCUUGAUACGUGAAGAGUUUGGUGUUGAGGGUUACACUGAUCCUACUGAACUGAUUGCUAACGUGUGUGGAGCAGAAGGUUCAGGAAAAUCUACCUUCAUUUCAUCCUUCACAGCAGAAGGUUUCUUCAAUAAACGGCUACGCAAGGAGAAUCAACCGGACUUGAAGGCAAAAGAUUUAGCAUCCCGAACAAAGGGAAUUGAAGAAACCAUUUUCAACCAAUCGCAGGUGAAGGUGCAUUUUCGCGACUUUGCUGGCCAAGAGCAUUACACCGAGUCGCAUGACAUAUUCACGGUUGCCAUGACAGCACCAUCUGUUGCCGCAAUAGUGGUGGACGGCACAGAGUGUGUUGAUAAGAUCACACAGACUGUCAGCGCAACCGCAGCCAAUAUUGUUUGUCGCCUGUCUGCACCUGAUGAUGGCUCUCUACAGACUGAGCAACAAGACCAGCAGCACCACCAGCAGCAGACGCAGCCGCAGCAGCAACAACACCAGGAAGAACUGCAACAGGCGCAGAGAAUUGAUGUCAUUGCGAUUGCCACGCGAGCUGAUAAGCUAACACCUGAAGAGUGCACUGAAGUGGAGAAGGCCAUAAGGAGGGAAAUGAAAUCAUUCUCUCAGCGCUUGGAUCUCUGCUUUGUGAGAGUAGUGGACGCUAGAAAGUCCAACAGUUACAGCAUGAAUGAUCUAAGGAGAGAUUUCAUGCACUUGGUCCAUCGAGUGUUGGCGAAAUCUCCCAAGCAACCACGUUUGCUGCAGAAGGCUCGAGAGCAUUUGGAUGAGGUUCAGGCAUCUAUGCCCAAUCCAUACUGCUCAAGAGAUGAGUUUGCGCUGGCAUUCCACAAGGCAAUUCAAGGAACCGACACUGCACCGCCAGAACGAUUCGCUGACAGAUAUCUACGCAUCUUGAGUGCAUAUGGAUAUGUCAUCACAUUCCCAGAGCUGAAUGAUCUGGUGGUUCAUCAGCCUCGCUGGCUCCUGCAGGACGUGAUCGGGUUUAUGUACUCGUCCAACGUCUUCCCCCACCGCCCUGAUGGCAUUGCCAGGGAAUACAAGAUGAGUGAAGAGGAGUUCGUCCGUUCACUGACUUCAUUCGCCAAAGUCGGAGAAAAAGCUCCGCUCUGCGUGCGUAUAGUUCUACAGCUCGGCUUGUCCAUCCGCUAUCAGAAGGAUAUCCUUGCUCUCUCCCUAUUUCCCGAGUGCACACAGCCAUUGAAGGUGCACAGAGCCUUCAUGACCUCACAAGUGAUGGUAGGUUCUGUGUACAGCUGCAAUGGCUGUGUGCCAUUCUCAUCUGGUCUCAUUGUUCAAUGCCAAGCACGUGUAUACGACUACUCCGUCUGCUUUUUCGCCAGUACUGAUCCCAUGUUCUUCAAGAACACCAUCAUUGUCCACCCGUAUCCGCACACAACAGCGCUGAUUGUGUUUUCGUCCGACCGUCAGCGCUGUUGUAUUGCAGUGACGUCCAGUCGCGGUACGUACCUGCAAGUGGUUCACCACGUCCACUGGUUAUUUCAAGAUCUCUUCCUUGACCUACUGAAGAGAUACAGUCGUGGUACUUCGGUAGAGCCCACAGUACUCAGCCUGUGCAGCAUGCGUCAGCUUAUCCAGCAAUCGGCUUCACCAGCUGCCAUCUGUCCAGUGGUUGCUUCCUACCCGUCCGAAGCCGUCAUUCUUGCCGCAAGCAGUGUGCAAAGCAAAGAUGUCAAGGACGCCAGCGGUGUGUUCAUUGACUCGGUGCAGGAUCUUCAUCACGUUCCUGCCACGCAUGUCAGUAUGCUUCCUGCCACAUGUACUGAUCGCCUGGAGAGUCUGCGAGAUUCCGCAUUCCUGAGCGAUCUCCAAUCAAGCCUAGAUGUGAGUGAGAGGGAAAUCAGCCGACUUGGUGGCCCCCAAUCAGUGUCGCCCGCUGGACCCAGUCGGCUGAAUGCCUCGCUGGUGUUGUUGGCAUGGUGCCGACAAUCUCAUCGUCACACAUCUACUGUGCUAUACAGCAGGUUAGCUCAGCACUGCUUUUCUUCGCCAUUCUCCAUUUUCUACCGAGAGAUCUGCAGGAUGCUGGUGGAGAAUGAGAACAUGCUGAUGGAAGCAUUCCCGGACAUCAUCACCUAUGAACAGCGGCAGUUGAAGGAGCAAGAACGUCUUCGUUGCCAGGCGGACAAUGUUCCAUUGGCGGAUGAUUGGUUCUCGACUGCACCCAAGACGUCAUUCCUGGGCCAGAAUCCCUGCGUGGGAAUGCUACGAUCUCACCUCCAUGCAAUGCGUGUUACGGAUAAGCUGAUCGUGGACUCUGAUCACUACACUCUGGUCCAGGAAGCUGAGGUAGCAGCAGAGUUGCUCACAUCAACAGUAGCACCAGCAGCAGUAGCACCGGCACCAGCAGCAGCAGCAACAGCAGCAGCACCAGCAGCAGCAAUAGCAGCAGCAACAGCAGCACCGGCAGCAGCAACAGCAGCAGCACCAGCAGCAGCACCAGCAGCAGCAGCACCACCAGCACCAGCAGCAGCAGUACCAGCCCCAGCAGCAACAGCAGCACCACCAGCAGCAACAGCAGCACCACCAGCAGCAGCACCAGCACCAGCAGCAGCACCAGCAGCAGCACCAGCAGCAGCAGCAGCACCGGCACCAGCACAAGCAGCAACAGCAGCAGCACCAGUAGCAGCAGCAGCAGCACCAGUAGCAGCAGCAGCAGCAGCAUCACCGACUGUAGCAGAGAGUAAAGCUGAUCCAUUUGAGGAUGACUCAUUCACCGCACAUAUACUACCAAAGUUGUACAAGAUAUCUUGUGAUGUACUGCGGCAAAGCGUUCAGGCACAAGGACUCCUGAGUGGUUUUGAUACCCUUCGGGAACUAAAGCGUGCUGAACAAUUUGAAGGUGUAGAGAGUCAUCACUUGAAGUUGAUUGGAUACAUCCGUGCUGGAGAGCGAGAUGCAUACAGAAAGCUGUGUGCAGCAGUGGGAAACCUCAACUUGCAAGAUCUGCACAACACCAUGCUAAGGCUACUGUAGUAGGAACUCUAGUCAUGAUGUGAUUGUGCAAGACUGCUUUCUCCCAGCAUUCCAUGUACAUCACUGUUCAGAUUGUGCAAGACUGCUUUCUCCCAGCACUCCAUGUACAUCACUGUUCAGAUUGCGCAAGACUGCUCUCUCCCAGCACUCCAUGUACAUCACUGUUCAGAUUGUGCAAGACUGCUGUCUCCCAGCACUCCAUGUACAUCACAACAGUCAUACUCACCCAGCCGACCGCACCCCGCGCGUAUCCCGGUAUGCUUGUUUGUGUCGUUCUUCCCCUGCCACUGCUCUGCCCUAUGCAACGUGUUCUUUUUCCUCAUCUACACAUGUAUCAUAAUUAUUGUAUUCUUGAGUUGCUUGCUCACCAGUUGUGGAUAUGCUCCAUGUGUAUUCUUUUGAAGGUGACCGUCCUUGAGAAUAUUUUCUCAAACAGCAGCUCCACCACCUCUGCGCCCACCCCCCUCCCCAUCUUUCCUCCUCUCUCCCAAUCCCACACGCGCACACGCGAGCAUGUGCGCACAUACAUAAUUUGUUAUAAUUGUUUGCUAUGCUUGCCAAGACUGUUGGUAUGUUUCCAUGGACUGUGUUUUUUUACUAAUGCAAGUACAUGUACAUGUAUACAUAAAUGUUCCUACUUUUUAAAAUUCAAUUUGGUUUGCUCUAGAGCAUCUUUCUUUUGUUCUUAUUUCUUUCCAGCUACAUCUCUACAUAAAUGUUCCUAGUCUUUAAAAUUUAUUUUGGCUUGCUCUAAAGCACCUCUAUUUGCUGUGACAAUUGCACAGUAUUCUUUUCAUUUUUCACUUGACUUUGUUCACAUCUUUGCAUUUGCGCACAUACAUAAUUUGUUCUAUUGUUUGCUGUGCUGGCCAAGACUGCUGGUAUGUUUCCAUCGACUGUGUUUUUGAAUAUUUUCUUAAACAGCAACUCCCCCACCUCUGCCCCCACCCUCCUCUCUUCCAAUCCCACACGCGAGCACGUGCGCGCAUACAUAUCUUGUUAUAUUGUUUGCUGUGCUUGCCAAGACUGCUGGUAUGUUUGCUAAUACAUGUACAUGCCUGUACAUGUAUACAUAACAUGUUCCUACUCUUGAAAAUUCAAUUUGGCUUACUCUAGAGCACCUUUCUUUUGUUCUUAUUUUUUGCUGCUACAUCUGACAGUCAUCUGUACAUAAAUGUCCCUAGUCUUUAAAAAUCAUUUUGGAUUGCUCUAACGCACCUCUCUAUUUGCUGUGACAAUUGCACAGUAUUCUUUUCAUUUUUCACUUGACUUUGUUCGCAUUUUUGCUUCCGCUGAGACUUCUGUUGACCCUGUAUUGAACUUGGCAGCUGAACUUCAUCUCCUUUCCUCGGAUUUUUGCCUGAACAGAUCAUGACUAUUGUCACUUCUCCACUUUGUGUGCUUAUUUGAGAAAUUAAUGUGAUGGAAAUCACAUACAUGUAA